GUUCAGGUGCAGACCUGGGCUCAGUGUCUGUUUUUUAACCCCUUGUUGUUGUGGUGCGUUCAGGUGCAGACCUGGGCUCAGUCUCUGGUUUACACUCUGGAGGAACUCGAGUGUAAGAUCUGCUACAACCGCUACGACACUCGCAGCAGGAAACCCAAACUGCUGGGCUGUCUGCAUCGAGUCUGCGCCAAGUGUCUAAAGAAAAUGGUUGAUAUGGGUGAGUCCUCGCCGUCCGUCAUCAGCUGUCCCUUCUGUCGCCAUGAGACACACGUCCCAGACGAGGAGGUGUGGCUGAUGGAGGAUGACCGACACAUCCUGGCUGUUCUGUCGUGUCAGGACCGAGCACGGCGAGGAGAAGCAGGAGGAGCAGGAGGAGCAGGGGGGGAAGUGGUGCUGAGUCCCAAUAGUCUGACCGGUAGCAGCGGUGUUGGCGUGGAGUCGUCCCACCGCUCCUCAGACUGCCUGGUCAUCACCAUCAUGGAGCUCCCGGAGGAGUCUCCGUCCUCGGACUCACUGAGCAUGCUCAAUGUGGUGGGUCUGUACCGCCCCCCCAGCCUGGACUCACUGCCCUGCAACCUGCCCGCCCACAAGUGUCGCGCCUGGACGUCACGGAGCUUCCCCCGCUGCCUGCUGGGAGCACUCUGUCUGGUGUACUUCAGCUCGCUGCCUCUGGGGAUCUACCUGCUGAUGAUCGGUCAGCUGUGGCUCGGCGUGGUCCUGGUGAGUCUGGUUCCCUCCACGCUGCUGCUGCUCGUCCUCUACGGCUUCUGUCAGUGUCUCUGCCAUGAGCUCAUGGAGGCGCUUGCCGCUCGCACGCACACGCUGCCGUGACCACGACACGCUGCUGGGACUACUACGCUCGCUGCCAUGACAACGAUCAUCUUGUGAUGCUCCACAGUCAGAACAGAAUCACUCACCUGUAGACUGACCUGUCACACUCUGACUCACGUUUCCACUUUGUCCCCGCCCCUCUCCGGAUACCAGCAUUAACCCCACCCCUCAUGAGGCCACAGCUAAUCAGAGGACCUGCUGAUGAAAUCAUCACUGAUGAUGUUUCACUGUGAAGGUUUGUGUUUGUCGCCUCCUGCUGGACGUACUGCGGAUUUUACAUUCACCUGUCAGCUGAUGUCACAGGACACCUGGCAGCCAAUCAGAGCGGAUGUGUGUCUGGGGGCUGAACCACUGAACUACAGACACGUCAGAAACAAAACAUGUUUAAAACCUGUCUGUAAAUAAAUCCUCUGAUUCUGUCUUUAUAGAGAGCCAUUGAUUGGACGUGAUGAUGAUGAUUUUGAUGAAGAUGAUGAUGGUGAUGGAGAUGAU